CGGAAGUAGCUGUCAUGUGGUUUGUAGUGUGCAUAACAAAUGCCUUUUAAGUGUAUAAACAGUUUUCAGCUGUAGGGUGAUUAUAUUGCUUUUUGCACUAAAGCCUCUCGGAUGUGUUUGUGUGUGUGGAGUCAGUAUGUACGCUUCAGGGACGGAGAGUUUGAUCAAGCAGGCGAGAGAAAUACAGGAAGAAGAGCUGCAGAAGUUUUAUGGUCGUGUGUGUAAACAGCUUCAUUCUGGUAAAGAAGCUGGAGGAGAGGUGAUCGAUUCCCUUCAGAGGCUCCAUUUGAUUGUCUCCGCUACAAAAUAUGCCAGAACGCUUCCUCCAGACCUGGUGAAGAAGCUCCAGAUGCUGCUGCGCUCUCCAUCCUGCCUGGAGCAGCUCCAGGUCCUGUCCUCAUCCAUCCUCAAACAGAGUCUGCCUCUCAGUGUGCACAGUCUCUCCACAGACCUGAGCCAGGACGGCAGGGCGCUCAGCUACCUGGCCAGUGUAGUGCUCGCGCAGGCUGAAAGCAAAGACGAUCUGCUUCCUCUCUGUCAGUUUUUACUGAAGUCUCUGGAGUCGAGACAGCCUGAGACGCAUGUCCCCAAACACACGCUUCCUAUUCUCUCAAAAGUGUUCAGCUUCUCUAGAGAUAUUCUUAAUGAAGAUCAGGUGAACCUGGUCAGUCGAAAGCUGGUGGACUGGCUCCGAUAUGCCAGCAUUUACCAGGGAGUCUCCAUGUCCUCUGGUGGAUUUUUCACCAGUCCCAGAACACGACAGCCAGCACUAAUGACUGAAGUGGAUGGAGCAGUGGCAGGAGAUUUCUUCACCGUGCUGUGCGUGGGCCAGAGCUACACUGAAGACCAGUGGAUGAACAUGUACACUUUUUCCAUGCUCAAGAGCUGGCUGCUUACGUACGACACGGAGGGAACCUCGAAUACAGAUUCAGCUCAGCUAAACCGAGCACACGUCCUUCAGAUGAAUCCAGUCCAAGAUGACCGGUCGGAGUUGGACAGUUCAGUGAUGUCCAUGGUGUCUGCGACCUCCUCGUCUAGUCGAAUGCUCCCCCCGAAAGAGCGUCUGAGGGAGAAAGCCUUUGAGUAUUGCCAUCGGCUUAUCGAACAGAGCGACCGCAAGGCUGCAAAGAAAGCAGAUGCAGAGCUACAGAAAGCAUGCAUGUUGGAGUCCGUGUCCAUAAUGGACAUCAUUUGCCGUGAGGAUCCUUCCUACGUGUACCGUGGCUUUCCCUGUAUUAAAGCGCUGUACGGCAGACUGAGUGCAGAACUGGCUUUUGCUCGAGUCCUUCUCCCCAUCGCUCAGUUCUACCUCAACCACAGUGAAAUGGCUGCUGUGGAAUCAGAGGCCGUCUUCUGCCAUCUCUUCAGCCGCUUCCCAGCCGAGCUCUUCAACGAGCCCAUGCUGGCCUACGAGUUUGUCCGUUUCUGCCUGCACAAUGUCAGCGUGCUGCAGGAGAAAGUGCCCAUGUACAGACACAGCUUCCCCAACCUGCUCAAGUUUCUGGCGUGGAACAGUCCGGGGCUGGUCUCUGAGUUCAUGGAGCUGCUGCCUUCCUUUUUGUCUCCGGAAACGGCGAUCGAGUUACUGCACACACUGCUGGAUCUUCCCUGUCUGGCCGCAGCCCUGGACCUCCAGCACAGGUCAGCGUGGUAUCAGGCCACAGAUCGCGCUGCAUGGGAUCAGCAGGGUUCGAAGAUCGCAGCGUCACUGGAUGCCUUCCGCCAGCCGUCUUGCAGAGGUCUAUUCCUGUACAUUCUCAGACCAGAGGCCGGAACCGGUGAUACGAUUGACAGGUUGAGUAUGCUUCACAAUGCUCUGGAGGGAAUGGCGGAGAGUCCCCGUGUCCUGUGCUGCGCGCAGAUCGUCCCUGUGCUUCUGCAUGUCUACUUCAACACAAUUACACAGAUCGCUGAUGGGAAGAUGAUGAACCAGCUGCUGCAGGUCCUGCUAGAAAGAAGCAGCCUGUUGUAUAAGAUAAAGAAGUUCAGCACUGAAGUGCAGAGAGUGUUCAGUACACACCUGCAGUCCCUGUGCAAGCUGCACCCGGCACUCAUCGUCGACCAGUACAAGGAGCUGCUGGAGUUUACCAGUACCACCACCAACAUCUACACCAAAGAGGACUUCUACACGCAUGUGGUGUGGGUGAUCGGGGAGUAUUUGUCACUUUCCUAUGACCCUCGCUGUACUGUGGAGCUCAUAACCUCUUUUUUUGAGGGUCUUGAGGCGGUCUUGUUCGAGAUCACGCAGGUACGCCAGUCUGCCAGCCCCCCACAAUACUCACCACGACUGCUCACUGUGCUCAUGACGGCAUUGGCAAAGCUGGCAUCCCGCAGUCAGGACCUCAUCCCUCGGGCGUCACUCUUUCUGUCUAAGAUGCGCUCAUUCGCACACAGUGGACACGUGGCAUCGUGCUUCACCGAGGAGGACAGCGAAGAGAUCAUCACACGCGCCCAUGAGCUCGUCAACCUUCUCAAGCUGCCUAACGUAGCCCAGUUCGUGUUAACGCCCUCCACCCAGGGGGACUGUCCUCGCUGGCACAGAGACACCAACGCCGCCCUGCCGCAACGCAUGAGGGCCAUCAGCAGCCUGCUGCAGUCUCAGUCCAGCUUCCUGCCUGCUUAGAAACACUCAACUGAGUUUUUCUUUUACUUGUUUUUCUGCCAUAAACCAUAAAAACCUCAUAUUAAACAUUUGUGUUAAUACAUAA